AUGUUCGCUCGUAGUGCUCUUCGUGCUCCUACCCAGGCUAUCCGCACCCCUGCCUCUUCGCGUCUCUUCUCGCAGACUGCAACAGCUAACAGGAAGGUCGCUGUGCUUGGUGCCUCGGGUGGUAUUGGUCAGCCGCUCUCGCUGCUUCUCAAGCUGAACCAGAAUGUGACAGACCUCCGCCUGUACGACAUCCGUCUUGCCCCGGGUGUGGCUGCUGAUAUCGCUCACAUCAACACGCCCAGCACCUGCACGGGUUACGCUCAGGAGAACCUUGAGCAGGCUCUUGAUGGCGCCGAGGUCAUUUUGAUCCCUGCCGGUGUGCCUCGUAAGCCUGGUAUGACUCGUGACGACCUCUUCAACACAAAUGCUUCGAUUGUUCGUGACCUUGCUAAGGCCGCCGCUAAGGUGUCACCCAAGGCCCACAUGCUCAUCAUCUCGAACCCUGUGAACUCGACGGUCCCUAUCGUCGCUGAAGUGUUCAAGCGUGCCGGUGUCUACGACCCCAAGCGCGUGUUUGGUGUGACUUCCCUCGACAUCGUGCGUGCCUCGACGUUCCUCUCGGGUAUUGCUGGUUCGAAGCCUGCUGACACCAACGUGCCUGUCAUUGGCGGUCACUCGGGUGUGACGAUUGUGCCCCUUCUUUCGCAGGCCCAGCAGGGUUCGGCUGUGUCAGCGGGUGAGCAGUACGAAAAGCUUAUCCACCGUAUCCAGUUCGGUGGUGACGAGGUUGUCAAGGCCAAGGACGGUGCUGGCUCGGCCACGCUUUCGAUGGCCUACGCUGGUGCCGUGUUCGCUGACGGCAUCCUGCGUGCGAUGAACGGUGAGAAGGGUGUCAAGCAGUGCGCCUUUGUGGAGAGCCCUCUCUUCAAGGACCAGGUCUCGUUCUUCGCUAGCCCUGUGGAACUUGGUCCUGAGGGUGUGCAGAACAUCCCUGCCUUGCCUCAGAUUACGGCUGAGGAGCAGAAGCUGCUGGACAACUGCCUGGUUGACCUUGCUAAGAACAUCUCGAAGGGUGUUAACUGGGCUGCCGAGAACCCUUAA